AUGGGGCUCAGAAGGGCUGACAUACGGUUGAACCAUCCGUUCAUUCAGAAUCUUAUUGCUGGAAUGAUGCUCUUUUGCCUUCCUGGCAUAUACUUGGCUUUAACUGGACUCGGCGCUGGGGGUGGCAAACCAAGUUCACAAACAGUCGCGGCCAAUGUCAAUGCCAUCCUGUACGGAAUAUUUUUCGUAACCGGAUGGUUUGGCGGGACCAUUAUGAACCUGAUUGGACCAAACUAUACAAUGCUAUUGGGAUCUGUCGGAUAUAGCCUUUACACCGGGGGACUCUGGUAUUUUGACCGAAGCGGCAAUUCAUGGUUUGCAUAUCUAGGCGGCGGUGUCGAAGGGGUAUCUGCCGCUCUGCUGUGGGCUUCAGCAGGUGCUAUUGCGUAUUCUUAUGCCGAGGAAAAGGAUAAGGCUUUGUAUAUGACCAUCCAGUGGAUUUGUUGUGAGGGCGGCUCGACCAUUGCCGCGUUGGUAGCGCUAGGUAUCAACAUGAACAACAGUGGUGGUAAAGAUGCCGGGGCACCUACACCAGUCUAUGUUGUUUUCGUAGUCAUUCAAGUCCUCGCUAUGGUCAUGUCUCUGUUCCUCCUAGUGAGGCCAGCGAAGAUCGUCCGUAGCGACGGCACCAACAUUGCCGUUUUCCAGACUCCGACAUUGAAAAAGGAAUUGAUUGGUGUGCUGGAGAUGAUCAAAGAUUACCGGUUUAUGAUGCUCCUGCCUGCUAUUUUUGUGGCCGAAAUGGCUCUAGCACUCCAAAGUUCACUCAAUGGAUACUUUUUCAACCUACGAACACGCUCCCUGAACAACGUCGCGUUCAACUUCAUCCAAAUCCCGGCUAGUAUAGGCAUGACUUUUAUCCUCGACAAUCCGCGUUUCGGCCUGCGGAAAACCAGGGCCCUGAUUGGAAUCUCAGUCAUGAGCGCGAUCACUCUCGGGAUUUGUUCAGCUGAGGCUGCAUGGCUCACGCAACACCAUAUCGACCGUAACAAAGCAGGCCCGUCCACGGACUGGACCGACUCUGCAUUUGCAGGCGCAUUUGUGAUUUAUGUGAUAUACGGUUCUGUGUAUAGCAUUUACCAAAUAGCAACGCAGUAUGUAAUCUGUUCAUUGACGAAUCAGCCCGAAAGACUUGCGAGAUAUGCAGGAGUAUUCAGAGGCGUGACGGCUCUCGGCAUGAUGUUCUCAUUCAUCAUUGACGGCAAUGGCGGGACAUAUAUCACUCAGCUCUCAUUCCAAUUUGCCUGCUAUUUCGUUGGAAUCGUGUUCCUAUAUAUAGUAGCAAUAUUCUAUGUUACAAACACGAAUUAUUUCCAGGAGGAAAAUGUCAUUGUACCACAUCGCGUCGAACAAGAUGCCAAACUCGAAGGCAUGGCCGCUGAUGCAGACGCGGAAAGGGGUCAUCCCAAGGAAGAUGCAGUGGCAACAGUGUCUUUGCAGAAGGCUACAGAAAGUGAAUGA